AUGCAAUUGCUGUCAGCGUUUUCUGGAGGCGAGGGUCACCCGCAAUGGCAAUCAACGCUUUCCUUCCUUACCGGCUUGCGUUGUGGCUCCAGCCGAUCUGCACCAUGUAAUAGGUGCAGCCUGCGGUUUGCAGGCACGCGGAUCAUGAGCGCUGCCAAAUACGAUGCAGCAGCUAUAGAGUGGGCGCCACCAGCAUGGUUCGAGUUGGAUGAAGGUACCUCCAGGCGUGCACGAUGCACCUCCUCGGAGCCCCUGUCCUCCUUAAAGGCUCCCAGCCUUUUGCCGAGCUCUGCACCUCUGAAGUCGCCCACGCGGCAAUGGAGCAGCGAAGCUGGAAAGCGGAACUCCAGGAGCAAUCCGCUCCUGUUCCCUUUGAGCAAUCCGCUUCCGAGCUGGUCUUGCAUGCAAGAACAAAUGAAGAUUACCCGCUCCGGCCCAGUGUCACCCGAGACGGGUACUGACGGCAGAGAGUCGCAGAAGCCGUGGACCAGCGAUGGAUCCGAAAGCCUCCUGGCAAGAUUGCAGCAGGCAGAGCAGAGUCUUGCGGAGAAGGAUCAACGAAUUGAAGCGCUCGAGGCGUGCACCAAGCAGCUGGCCGAGCGACUAGCCUUGGCCGAGGGACUGGCCAGACCCAAGGAUUGCAAAGAUCCGAGCACCCCAACCUCCACCAGGUCCACUUCUGAUUCCACGGCCUGGUCUGGAGAUCAGCCAGUAUUGCCGAGGAACUUCACCAUGGACAGCCUUGAAAGCGACGAUAGCUUUGCAAUCUAUGCACCACAGACAUCAUCUGCGGCGGCAAAGUCACCGAGAAAGCCAACAAAGCCCAGCAAUGUUGUGAGAGGCACCAAGGUGUCUGACGAGUACGCAACACAAGCAGACGUGGAUGCAGUGUGCCGCAGGUGCGAGCAGCUUCUCAAAUCAGUCACAUCAGCCGUCGAAAACAAUGAGCGUUUGGCGAGCAAGCGCAAGCAGCAGAAAAGCUCCGUGCCAACGCUGCGGCACAGCUUGCCAGUGAUUUUCUGCCUGUGCUCGCCGUGGUUGGGAGUCCUGUUGGGCUGGCACGACAUGGGGCAGGGCUCCGCCGGUGCGAGUGCUGUCCUCAAUGCUGCGGAGGAGCUCGGAUAUGCUGUCCUCAGGCCAUCGGAGCCUGAUUGGCCGAUUCUGGCACGGAUGCGUGAACUUGGCAAAGACGCAUCGCAGGGGUCCGGCGUAUCGCCAGGGGUUCAAGCCGAGAUGCUGUUCCGCAAGAUUGAGUUGCUCUCGGCCCCCGCGCCGAAGCCGGUGGAGGAGGAAGACCCGAAGAAGAAGCCAAAGGGGAAGGAUAAGAAGGAGGAGGUGCCGGAACCUGUCAGGCCAAAGGGCAUCCUGGUGCUGGGGUACCCAGCGGAGCUGAGGCAGCUGGCAAGCUGGGAGGCGGCCCUGCGUGGCUUCACCUCCUCCCUGCUGCAGCUCAUGGAUUCCGAGGAGAGCCAGCAGGCCCGGCUGGGCUCUCUGCUCGCACCCUUCUGGGUGGAGGGCGAGUCUGCAACGCCAGUGGUCAAGGCCGAGGAGCGCGAGUUGGCAAAGGCUGCAGAGAAGGCAGACUUUGAUCCUGAAUUUGCUCCGCCCGUGCGCAUCGUCCGACUGCGCUAUCCCGAUGAGGCAACGUUGUUGGAGGCCGUUCAGAAGGAGGACAUGUCUGCAGAAGGGCGCGCCAAUGAAGGCGAGUCGCGAUUGUGCCAUGGCCUGGAGGAGGAGAUGGCCACGAUGCAAUGUGCUGCAGACCAAGCCUGGUUGUUCGAGAGUGCGCAGGUCUUUGCGACAAAGCUCUCUGCUCCGCUCCACAACGUUCACGAUGUCCUCGUGCAGGACGGUGAAGAAGGCGACGACGUCAUCCCGGCAGCAGAGGCAAUCUUGAAGCGUAUCCGGGAGCUCGUCGCAUUCUGGCACAGGCCGAUACUGGAAGUUGAAACUGCAGAUGCAGAUGCAAAGCCUGACGAAGCCGUCGAAGCACCCGAGGCCGAGGUGGAGGCCGAGACUGUGGAAGCGGACGUGGCGCCUCCAGAGGGACCUGAAGGGGAUGAGACGGCCGAGCCGCCGGCUUCGGAGGACGCUGGCGACAAGGAGGCUGGGCAGCCGACCGAGGGCAAAGAUGAAGCAGAGGACUUGGAGCAGGAGGCAGUCAACACGCUUCUCAUCAAGGACAGUCGUCAAACCAAGGAGGCGUUCCAGAACCUUUGGCUGCAGAACAUGAGUCACUACCUGCUGGGGAUCCGCGAAACUCUUCUGGAGGUGGAUGACCACGCAAGCAGCUAUUGCAAGGACCUGAUCUUCAUGCAGCGGAGGUUCCUUGAAUUUCUGCAGCGGCCUGAUGACAAGGCCCAGGUCCUGGAAGAGUUUCUUCGGGGCUUCCCUGUCAGGAACAACGUACCGCCCGGAUCGAGACAAGCAGACGAGCUUAGUGAGCAGCUUCAGGACCUUGCAGACAGGCUGUGGGUGCAUGCGAACUUACGCAAGCAGGAGGCUGUGGAGGAGCGUUACCAUCAGAUGACGGGUGGUUUCUGGGAAGAGAAAGCCGCAGCGCAACUCAGAUUGGCGCACAAGCUCCAGGCACUGGAGCUGGCCAGGUUCAAAGUGGCCGCUGCCGUUUUGAGGUGGACAUACUGCCAAGUUGACCAGGAUCUGAAUUGCUUCGACACAUCUGCCGUGGAGCCACCUCCUGCGGACCUGUCCUCCCUCCAGGAUCUUGCGACCUGGCUUGAUGAAUCCGCAGAGCGCUUUGGCAGUGCCGAGCCGUCGGGUGUGGAAGAAGAGGUGGCGCAAGCUGAGAAUGAACUGCCUCAAGCGGACUCCCUGCCAGAAGAGGACAGCUCAUUGCUGGAGGCAUCUGCCAGCCAGAUUGUGGAAGCCAGCAGUGAAACUUCCGAGCUCGUUGCAGCCCUCAAAGCUGAACGACACGGCCUGGUAUCACGGUGUCGCUGCAUUGCAGCCUGGACGUAUGCCCGGCUAGAGACCAUGCACCAGCAACAUGAGGAGGUCUUUGCUCGAAUGGACGAUUGGAUCAAGGACCGUGUCAAGGAGGAGAACGAAGCAAUCAAGGCGACAGACACCUUACUUCGCUCGGGAAGGUGGGAGGACGAGGAGCCAGUUUUCAUGACAACGAGAAGCAUGCGAAGGUCCCAGACUACUACGAUGAAGCCUGCGCUGACUGGGGCAGCCGGUAAAAGGCGGCGAGAUGUCCUCAAGGUCAUCAUCGCGAAAACCUUGGACGUGGAUGUGUACAUUCCUCAAAAGCUUGAGGUGUCGGAAGCACCGGUGCCGGUGCCAACCAGACCCUCAACAUCAAAUUCUCAAGCUGUGGGAUCCCGGCCGUCAACCACAAAGCCCCUACGGCCAGUCUUCCCCGAGAGGUGGUCCCAGGACAUGCUCUGGGGGCUUCUCACAAGACUGGCAGAUCUCAGUGGGGCCGUUUGUUCGGCUGAGCAGCUGCUGCAGGCGCUGCUCGAGCGGCGACAUUGUGCCUUAGGUUUCAACAACGAGCAGGUGAUACCUGAGUCGUGGGUCAUGCGGCCAUUAGUGGUCUACAAACUUCUGUGCGACUCGAUAGUGGAGCCGGCAUGGGGCGCCACUGGUGUUGAUGUGACAGAGUUCCUCUUGGUGCUGUCACAUCACGAGAAUUCCGUUCCAUGGCCCACACCGGAGGCUUUAGAAGAGACGCGCGCCUUCCUUCAGUCCGAGGAGUCCCCGCUGGAUCAGGACGUGUUGGCCUCGUACCCCGAUGUUCCGAUAUCGGAGGAGUUGUUUUGCCAACUUCCUCUGUGGCCAGAGACUUGCCAGCCGGAGCUUCGAAGGUGGAUCUUCCAGGUACUGGCCACCUUUGCAGAUCAGGAGCAAGUACGACUUCCAGCGAAGCCUUCGCGUCGACCAGAGGAUCCGAGCGAGUUCACGAUUACAGCGAGGAGGAUCUUCGGUUACUUUGCUCUGGGCCACAGCCCUGCAGAAAGCUUCAGCAGGCUUUGCAGGCUUCUGCUCCCUCGUGAAGCACUAGCUGCCGAGGAAGAGCCUGCGCAGGUUUUAGUGAAGGAUCUGUGGACGCUGCUUCACAGCCAGCGCAGUCGACCUUCCGGCCUUAUCGCACCCGUUCCUGACUUGGCCAUCUUCUGCAACAACCUGCUGGAGGAGGCCAAAGCCGAGACGGCCGCGGCCGCCGCCCCAAAAGGGAAGGCGGCCCCGAAGCCCAAGGGGAAGGCCAAGCAAGAGGUCGAGGAAGAAGUGGAACCGCCGCCGCUCCCCGAAGAAGCCACAGUGGCAUUCUCAGAAAAGGUACUUCUGCAACGCAAGACGGUUCUCCGUGCCUUCUGCAGUCACGGCGGGCUUCUCUGUCGCCGCCGUGGUCUUGAAGUGCUGUUCCCGACUGCAGGUUCCGGCUGGUCACUUGCGACGUCUUCGCAGGCUGCGGCUCUUCAGGAGCUGCAGUCCUUGGUGCCCGAAGCCACGGCCGAAGAGGAGGAAGCCCCGGCCUGA